CGUAUGUCUAUCGAAUCCCGCUCACACGUCACAGAGGGCGUCCAAACAAGGAUCUUAGAAGUGGAGGUCAGCAGGGAGGAAGAAGCAUGGCUGCCCUGGUGAGGAAAUCUUGCAGUGGCUUGCACAGCUCUGUCAGUAGGCAUGCACGCUUUGCAAUGGUAUGUAGAUCAAUGGCAUCCAAAACACCAGUUGGAUUUAUUGGACUUGGUAAUAUGGGAAAUCCAAUGGCGAGAAAUCUCUUAAAACAUGGCUACCCUGUCGUUGCAUUUGAUGUAUUCCCAGAGGCAUGCAAAGACUUCCAGGAUUCAGGAGCCCAGAUCGUGGAUUCACCAGCAGAUGUUGCGGAAAAAGCUGACAGAAUUAUAACCAUGCUACCUUCAAGUGCCAAUGCCACUGAAGUUUAUACCGGAUCUAAUGGAAUUUUGAAAAAAGUAAAAAAGGGAUCCUUACUGAUUGACUCUAGUACCAUUGAUCCUGCUGUUUCUAAAGAACUGGCAAAGGGAGUGGAAAAAAUGGGAGCUGUGUUCAUGGAUGCUCCAGUAUCUGGUGGUGUUGGAGCUGCUCGAUCUGGAAAUCUCACAUUUAUGGUUGGUGGAGUGGAGCAAGAAUUUGAUGCUGCAAAAGAGCUUUUGUCUUGCAUGGGAGCCAAUGUGGUUUACUGUGGAGCAGUUGGUACAGGACAGGCUGCCAAAAUUUGUAACAAUAUGCUAUUAGCCAUUAGCAUGAUUGGGACAUCGGAGACUAUGAAUCUUGGAAUCCGAUUAGGGCUUGACCCAAAGCUGUUGGCCAAAAUCCUAAACAUGAGCUCCGGUCGGUGUUGGUCAAGUGAUACCUAUAACCCUGUUCCAGGAGUGAUGGAGGGAGUACCCUCUGCAAAUAACUACCAGGGUGGAUUUGGGACAACUCUUAUGGCAAAGGACUUGGGGCUGGCUCAGGACUCUGCGACCAACACCAAAAGUCCAACCCCACUGGGAUCUCUUGCCCAUCAGAUCUACAGAGUCAUGUGCGCUAAGGGCUAUGCACAGAAAGAUUUCUCCUCCGUCUUCCAGUUUUUACGUGAGGAAGAGAACUAGUGAACAGUCAUAGAUGGAAAAUUAGAUUUGAAACACUAUUUUUGAACAUCCCAUAGAGUUUUACUGUAUAACCAAUGACAUGAACUGUAAUCACGGACCUUUCUUUCCCCCCCCCCCAACUUUAGAGGCAAACUAUAAUGUUGGAAUAAAAAUGUCACAAAUUGUAAACAAGGAUUUGUUUAGCGUAAAUCUUGUAUAUAUCCUGCAUAUGUACAGUACUCCGUAUGCUGGCAUCGAUAUAUGUUGCAGUCUAGAGCUGUACGUCUCUGUUGGCAAUUUACAUCUAUAUACAUUCCACGCUCUUCUUAACCUUUAAAACCUACAGGCCACGCCACCCUACUAGUAUUUUUAAUUCUGACAAAUGCAGAAGGCCUGAGAGAAAGGCAAGUAUGGGCUGGCACUUAUUUGGGUGGUAGUAAAAUCCUUCAGCAGUGAUAUGCAGGAUACUUAAAUAAAGACUUUGCAGCUUUACCUGUCCUUUUUUAUACCUCAAGUGUAAAAUAUUCCUAUAACUUUAGUUUCCCUUUAUUAAACAUGUACAUUGUAAAGUGUAAUGACCUACUUCACAUUUAAUCUGUAGUAAUAUAACAUUUAACACUGUUUUACAGGAGUUUUAUUCAGGCUAACUAUUUGUCAUAAAACACUUUUGUUAAACCGAAUGAAAAUAGUAGGUAAAUCUUCACAAUUAACAGAGCGGCAAGUGAAUUCUGUUCAUGUAUAUUUUAAUACUUAUACACUAAUAUAAAAAUCAGCUUUUACAUUGACACAAAGAUUCUGUCUUUAAAUGCACCCAAGUGGGCAGCCCUGAUAGUGUUUUCAAAUGUAUAGGUCAGAUUAGAGGGUGAUGAAUUCUAAAAUUUGGUGGCCAUGUACUCCUACUGGAUGUGUUUUAUAACCAAACGAAAAUGUGAUCUGUAGAGAAUGUGAUAUGUAGAACAAUAAAUAAGUAUUAGCUA